UAUGGAUGGAUGGAGGGAUUUUCCAACAGGAAUGUUGCCAUUACUUUUAAUAAUUUUGUGUGAUUUUAUAAUUACUUUGGGGAAUUUUUUGAUGAGAAAAAAAUAUCGAAUAAAACUAGAAAAAGGAAUUGUCCUUUUAAGGACAAUUUUAUGAAAUUUUAUAUUUUUUUUGGACAUUUUUGGAUCGAUAAAAAGUAGCUGAUUUAACACUAUUUCACUGUUAAAAAUCAUUAAUAUUUUU